AUGUUAAUCAGUCACGUGACACCGGCAUCGAAAUAAACUCGACUCCGACAUGAUUUUAUUACGCGGGAACUCAUUUGACAACCAUGGCUACAGCACUUUAUCUCGAACAGUACCUCGACAGUAUUGAAAAUCUUCCUUUUGAGCUUCAAAGGAACUUCACACUGAUGAGAGAUUUGGACCAGAGAACACAAGAACUUGCCAAGAGUAUAGACGAGGAUACGGUGAACUACUUGAAGAAUGUCAGGGAUCUGAAGCCAGAACAGAGAGCUGAGAGAUUAAAGAAGAUAAAUCACUCUUUCACAAAAAGUAGGGAAUAUGGCGACGACAAAGUACAGCUUGCUAUGCAGACAUAUGAAAUGGUUGACAAGCAUAUACGACGGUUAGACGCAGACUUGGCGAGGUUUGAACAGGAGCUCAAAGAGAGAACACUAGAACAAGCCACGCCCAUAGAAGGAAGAGAAAAAAAAAAGAAAGGAACUGAAAAAACAGCGAAGAAGUUGAAAAAAGCUGGAAGAUCGUCUGAUGAUGAAACACCAAAGACAUCAAGAAAGAAGAUGAAGACUACUGCAGUAGAACCUGUUGUAACACCCAUCCUCACGUUACCAUCAGUUAUCAACUCACCUUCAGAUGUCCUAGACAUGCCUGUCGACCCCAACGAACCCACGUAUUGCUUAUGCCACCAAGUUUCCUAUGGCGAGAUGAUAGGCUGCGAUAAUCCAGAUUGUCCGAUAGAAUGGUUCCAUUUUGCAUGUGUUGGUCUCGUCACAAAACCAAAAGGAAAAUGGUUCUGUCCGAAGUGUUCACCGGAGAAGAAAAAGAAAUAACACCAGCUGCAAUAUCCUUAUUUAUUAUGAUAAUGUUUUCCAUUUUCACAUCUGUACAUAUUUUGUAAAUAGACAAAGAUUAAUUAUUGAGGCUUAUUAGCAAAAUAUUAUUAUUGUUUAAGUGAAGUCUUAUUUCAGACAUGGCACAGCAAGUCUCAGCAACAUUUUUUGCGGUCUUCAGACACAUUCAAAUCAGCAUUAUGCCCUCCCCAUCCCCCCCCCCCCAAAAAAAAAAGAUUAAUAAGAAAAAAAUGAAAAUGAAAAAUAAAAGAAAUUGCCCAAAGUUUCAGAAUUAUAGGUCUAAUGGUCAUUGUGAUGUUGUGAGUUCCACGCUUAGGCAUUAUCUCAACUUUGAUUUUAAAAAGGCCCGAGAGUAAUUUCUGUCAUUUACAAGUUAAGCCACUAUGACAGAGAAAUCUCUGUAAAAUGUAUCCUAUGCAAUUGGUUUACCAGCUUGGGGUUGAUACGGUGGAAAGCUGUGUUGCUGAGUUCCUACAGGAGUUACUUAAACAGAAAAAACCUUAUACUGUCAUCUACUUUGUGCAGAAUUUAUUUGCUUGAAAUUUUAAGAAAUUGAAAAACGUCUCCUAUGUUUGUGAGACGUUUUCCGAUAGCAUUUGCAUUCCAAAUUAAUGUUGAUAAUGCUACGGGUUGUUGCUGAGCAUUAUUGCUGAGUGAUGUUGCUGAGCAAUUGUUAUUGAGCAAUGUUGCUGAGUGUUUUUUUUAAGUGAUGUUGAGUGUUGCUGAGCGUUGUUGCGCCAUGUCUGAACAAGCCUUUGAUAUAGCUUAUUAGUAUCCUAACAAGCCAUACAAAUAGUCUAUGCAAGCUGCACGUUUCAAGAAUGAUGAAACCCACGGUGCGAGAUAGAUUGUCAGAAAAAGGGUUAUGCAUGGGAGUUGCAAUGAUGUCGCAGAGUUUUUUUAUGGUACACAGCACACACUGUAGUUGAUUAUAUUACUGUUUGCCUGCACUGCGAAGAUCCCAACUAUCCAAAAACAAUGUUGGUGAAUUUAUACAAAUAAAUGUUAUGCAUUGAAAUUGUAUUGAUGAAUAAGAGUUUCCUAUACACAACACACUGUAAUUGGUUAUAUUACUGUUUGCCUGCACCGCAAUGUUCCUUAUUAUAUGUUAAAAGGGCAUUAUUGGUGAAUUUAUGCAGGUUGUGUAUGGAAGUUGUAUUGAUGUAUCAGAAUUCAAAAAUCUUAUGCACAACAUACAUUGUAGUGGAUUGUAAUAUCACUUUGCCUACACCCCAAAGUUAUCAACUUCCAGGUUUUGUUAUGCAGACUUGGUUGUUUGUGACAUUAAAACAAGCUUGUGAACAUUAUUGAAAGUGAGUUUUCAUGAGGACUGACUCACAAAGAUCAUUGGAAUGAAUCCAUUUUCAGAAAAAACACUUUAAUGUAUACCAAAGAAAAGUAGGUUAUUUUGCACGUAUACUCGUAUAGGAAUCGAUGUGAUUAUUUAUGGGGAGUGCUUUGAUAUAAUUGGGAAGCUUUCAUGACACAGGAAUGCAUUUUUGUAUGUAAAGGGAUAGUGAUUCUUUUAGUAUUAUAUUGGAAAGAAAAACGAAAAUAGAGGAUUAAAAAAAAGGAGAUUUCAAAGGAAAAAAAAUGGUUUAGGUCAGAUGUCAGUAUUUCUAUUGCAGUCAAGAGGAAGUAUUUCUAUAUGUUUUUACAGUUCUUUAAAUAGAAGAUGUACCAUUAGUGACAACUGCAUAUUAAAGUGGCAUAAUAUUUAUUUAGAAUUGUGAACAAGCUUUUUAAAAAUUGCAUCUUUUAGUUGAUGGCUUAUAUCCAAAGUUAACAGAUGUUUUGCUAUUCAGAGUAGGAAAAAAGUCAAACAGGAAGUUUAUUCUGUAAAAGAUACACUUAAUAAUCUAGAAUUUUUUACUAUAAAAAUUGAGAAAGUUGACAAAUAUUUAUUUUGUCCACUGGAUUUAAUGCUGACUGGGUGUUAUAAUCACUUUGGCACACAAGUCUUACACUAUUAUGAUAAUGAAAACUUAUUACCUGUACAAGCCGCAUAGAAUCAUUGUUAGCGCUAUUGACAGAGCACUAGCAGUAGGCCCAGUCACAUCUCUCAGAUUUUGAUGUCAAUCAUUCCAAGAUUCAAUUGAGGUUUGACAAUGGACAUUGUUGCAGCAUUGCCGGUUGUAACAGGGACCUCUGUUACAGCGCUAACAAAUUUUGAUGUGGCUGGCACAGGUCUAGGUGAUAUUUUCCCUGUUAUCAUUUUUGCAUUUUUUUUAAUGUCAACUUGAGUUCAUUGUGAAGUAUGGAUUCAGAAUUGUAUCCC